GUGGGGCCUUACUCAGUGGUGCACCGCGGGUAUAUAUGUAAUGACUACAAGCAGACUUGCUCAGUAGCAUCGUGCAGACGGAGACUGGUGUACUUAAAGGAGACACCGUGACAUUUUAGUUGAGGUCCUCACUGAGAAGACUGCUGAGAAAUUACUGGGAUUUAAGAAAAAAAAUCACUUCGACUUGUGAAACUUCGUCAUCUGGCUGUCUUCACACAAUUAAACACCACAGACGGAUCUGUACAGAAUGGGCAAGAAAAUAAGUCACUACUGCUCACAGUGUGGGAAGAGUUUUGCCAAGCCGAAUUUUCUCAAACAACACAUGUACGUUCACACAGGAGAGAAACCAUAUUGCUGUUCACAAUGUGGACAAAGUUUUAAACAACAAAGUCACUUAAACAGACAUAAACUUGUUCACUCAGGAGAAAAGCCGUUUCGGUGCUCAGAGUGUGAAAAAAGUUUUGCUUGCAGUUGGUAUCUCAAAAAACAUGAGCUCAUUCACACAGGAAAGAAGCCUCAUUGCUGCUCACACUGUGGGAAGGGUUUUAGAGUCACAGAUUAUUUAAAAGUCCAUGAGCGCAUUCACACAGGACUGAAGCCAUAUUUUUGCUCACACUGUGGGAAGAAUUUUGGAACAUCACGUGAAUUAAAAACCCAUGAGCGCAUUCACACAGGAGAGAAGCCAUAUCACUGUGUACACUGUGGGAAGAGUUUUAGAAAUUCAAAUGGUUUUAAACAACACCAGCGCAUUCACACAGGAGAGAAGCCGUAUCAAUGCUCACAGUGUGAGAAGGGUUUUAGAAGUUCAAGUGGUUUUAAAGAACACCAACGCAUUCACACAGGAGAGAAGCCAUAUCAAUGCUCACUGUGUGAGAAGGGUUUUAGAAAUUCAAGUGGUUUAAAAGAACACCAACGCAUUCACACAGGAGAGAAGCCGUAUCAGUGCUCACACUGUGGGAAGAGAUUUACACAAUCAGGUAAUUUGAAAGUUCACCAACGCAUUCAUACAGGUUGAAAACUCAACAAAGUAUUUAUCUGUAUCACUGCUGAAACUGUGGGAAUAAUAAUAAUAAUAAUAAUAAUAAUAAAACUGACCAGCACCUUCACACAGGAGUGAAACCAUAUUAUGGUUCAUACGGUGGAGUUUUACAAAGUAAACUGGUUUGAAAAGUCAUGAAUUUAUUCACAAUAGUGAGAAAUGUAUUGCAUAUCACAGUGUUAUUGCUUUAAAAAGUACCUCAUUUGCAUGCAUUGCUUAAUUAGCAGAACAGAAGAAGGUGUCUUUGGUUUGGACGACAGAAGCAGCUUUUGAUUUGUUAAAGGACCUUUAUACUACUACAUCUUUAGCUAGCUGUGAUUACAGUAAGCAUUUCCUGUUGUACGUGUCUGAUAAACAGGGGUUUUCUAAUGCCAUUUUAUUUCAGUAAUGGAGUUAGCAGCAAAAUAAUCUCUCAUGCGUGUAAGAUAGGCUAUGAUGUGAUACUUUCUUUACCAGAGCUGACAAUUAAGAGGGACCAGACAGUUAAUCUGUCAGACACCAUUUUGUAUGGUGAGCAACAUGAUUGUCAGUUAACUUCUACUAGCACCAUGAAUGCAUGGCAGGACUUAGAAAGUCAACCAGUACAACACACAGAUAUACCUUUUUUUGUAGAUGGUCAUCCUUCGUGGCCUAGAGGGAAAUUUGGCUGUUUACACAGUUGUCACCUUGUCAUGAGGUAGCAGGUUUUGUUACUGUAUAGCCAAUGAACCAUGUUCAAUGCAAUUGUUCAGUUACCACUUUGGUUCCACUUGGGCACAGAGAGGCCUUUAUUUUAUGGAUUGGUUGUUCUGGUUUUGGUUGUUUUAUGCUCUUUUUUUUUUUUUUUUUUUUGACUGAUUGGCUUGGGCAUGACUUGAACACUCCUGAAUUUCAUCAUGGCAUUGCAUUUAAACAAAGUGUGGUGGUUAAACAGGGGGCUGCUAAGCCACUUCUUAGGCAUUUUGUAGAUGCUCUCCAGUUCUGUGUUUUCCUGACAUUUUAUUCUGUUAAUACUCUUCUCAUUCCAUCACAAACAUUAUUGAUUCUUGUUUCUUGUUUUUCUGCUGGUAAUGGCUGUAAUAAAUUAUUUUUUGAGCUAA